UAUGUGGGUUUCGCUACAAGUGGCUCUGGAACGAAAGGGCCUGGUUCGCAAAGAAGCUGACUUCAGAGGGGGAAACUUUCUUCUUUUAGGAGGCGGUUAGCCCUGUUCCACGAACCCAGGAGAACUGCUGGCCAGAUUAAUUAGACAUUGCUAUGGGAGACGUGUAAACACACUACUUAUCAUUGAUGCAUAUAUAAAACCAUUUUAUUUUCGCUAUUAUUUCAGAGGAAGCGCCUCUGAUUUGUUUCUUUUUUCCCUUUUUGCUCUUUCUGGCUGUGUGGUUUGGAGAAAGCACAGUUGGAGUAGCCGGUUGCUAAAUAAGUCCCGAGCGCGAGCGGAGACGAUGCAGCGGAGACUGGUUCAGCAGUGGAGCGUCGCGGUGUUCCUGCUGAGCUACGCGGUGCCCUCCUGCGGGCGCUCGGUGGAGGGUCUCAGCCGCCGCCUCAAAAGAGCUGUGUCUGAACAUCAGCUCCUCCAUGACAAGGGGAAGUCCAUCCAAGAUUUACGGCGACGAUUCUUCCUUCACCAUCUGAUCGCAGAAAUCCACACAGCUGAAAUCAGAGCUACCUCGGAGGUGUCCCCUAACUCCAAGCCCUCUCCCAACACAAAGAACCACCCCGUCCGAUUUGGGUCUGAUGAUGAGGGCAGAUACCUAACUCAGGAAACUAACAAGGUGGAGACGUACAAAGAGCAGCCGCUCAAGACACCUGGGAAGAAAAAGAAAGGCAAGCCCGGGAAACGCAAGGAGCAGGAAAAGAAAAAACGGCGAACUCGCUCUGCCUGGUUAGACUCUGGAGUGACUGGGAGUGGGCUAGAAGGGGACCACCUGUCUGACACCUCCACAACGUCGCUGGAGCUCGAUUCACGGAGGCAUUGAAAUUUUCAGCAGAGACCUUCCAAGGACAUAUUGCAGGAUUCUGUAAUAGUGAACAUAUGGAAAGUAUUAGAAAUAUUUAUUGUCUGUAAAUACUGUAAAUGCAUUGGAAUAAAACUGUCUCCCCCAUUGCUCUAUGAAACUGCACAUUGGUCAUUGUGAAUAUAUUUUUUUUUUGCCAAGGCUAAUCCAAUUAUUAUUAUCACAUUUACCAUAAUUUAUUUUGUCCAUUGAUGUAUUUAUUUUGUAAAUGUAUCUUGGUGCUGCUGAAUUUCUAUAUUUUUUGUAACAUAAUGCACUUUAGAUAUACAUAUCAAGUAUGUUGAUAAAUGACACAAUGAAGUGUCUCUAUUUUGUGGUUGAUUUUAAUGAAUGCCUAAAUAUAAUUAUCCAAAUUGAUUUUCCUUUGUGCAUGUAAAAAUAGCAGUAUUUUAAAUUCGUAAAGAAUGUCUAAUAAAAUAUAAUCUAAUUACAUCAUGA